CAAAAAAUGGAGAUGGAGGGAGUAAUUAAUUGAAACAGUCUUUAAAUAGUUUCAAAUUUCUCAAAGCACAGCACUCAGCAUCAUGGCAAGCUUCUCAACCAUCUCUGCUCUCACUAGAAGACUAGAAGGAAAAGUAGCUCUGGUGACCGGAGGAUCCACCGGAAUCGGAGAAUGCACGGCGAAAUUCUUCUCCAACCACGGCGCCAAAGUCGCAAUCGCCGACGUCCAAGAAGAACUAGGCCAAUCCGUCGUCAAACAAAUCGGCGCCGCGAACUCGACCUACAUCCACUGCGACGUGACCAACGAGGAUCACGUCCGAAGCGCCGUUGAUCAGAAGGUCAACGCCUUCGGCAAGCUCGACAUCAUGGUCAACAACGCGGGCGUCGCGGACCCCCCGAAGGCGCGGAUCGCGGACAACGAGAAGGCGGACUUCGAGCGCGUGCUGGCCGUGAACGUCACGGGCGUCUUCCUGGGCACGAAGCACGCGGCCAGGGUGAUGAUCCCCGCGCGCGGGGGCGCCAUCAUCUCGAUGGCGAGCCUGUCGUCGGGGAUCGGGGGCGCGGCCACACACGCGUACACGGCGUCGAAGCACGCGGUGCUGGGGCUGACGAGGAAUGCGGCCGUGGAGCUGGGGCAGUUUGGGAUAAGGGUGAAUUGCUUGUCGCCGUAUGCGCUUGCGACGGAUCUGUCGAGGAAGUAUUUGGCGCUUGAUGACGAGGCGCUUGAGGAGGCCAUGCGUGCGAUGGCGAAUCUCAAAUGUGCGACGCUUAAAGCGGCUGAUGUUGCGAACGCGGCUGUUUUUCUUGCGAGUGAUGAGGCUAAAUAUGUGAGCGGCCAAAAUUUGUUCAUAGAUGGGGGAUUUGGUAUUGUUAAUUCUGCUAUGCGGAUUUUCGACUAUCCCCAAUCUUAACUGUUUCUUCAACUUUUUGUAAGUUUGACUUCUUUUCUUGAUUAAUUACAAGAUUUCUUAUUGCAUCGAUUUUUAAUUUUAAA